AUGACGAACUGGGAGACGGCCAACCGCUACGCCAUCCACAACGCCAAUUGGCAACAGGCCUACAUGGCGUUCGAGGAGGACAAGAUGAGCUGCGCCAGGCAGUGCUGCCCGAACAAGCGCGGCUACGUGAUGCACGUCGUUGACAAUUAUGGAAGGGAAGUGAUGCGUAUCACCCGUCCCUUCAAAUGUUGCGCCGACAUGUACUGGGGGAAUGAGACGACCGUCGAGGCGCCGCCCGGAAAUGUGAUUGGACGGGUCGUGGAGGACAUGGUUCCCUCGCAGGCGCUGAAAAUCGACGGCCCGCUGGACUGCUGCUGUUGCCGGAUUUGCAAUGCUUGCGGUGAUCAGGUCUUCGAGAUCAAGACGAUGCAGGGCGAAAAGAUUGGCGACAUCCGGAAGAAGUGGACCGGUUUCGCGCAGGAGUACUUCACCGACGCCGACACGUUCACCUGCGAUUUCCCCGUCGACCUGGACGUGCGCAUGAAGGCCACCAUCCUCGCGGCUACUUUCCUAGUGGACUUCAUGUUCUUCGAGGACAACAAU